ACAGCACUCUAAUCAGACGCCGAAGACAUCAAUAUUCUCCACAUUAAUGUGGACCAGAUAUCACCAAGUGCAUGGCAAGUUACAUUUCGACCAUAAGAGGAAGGUGGGGUGCCAUUAGCUGGGGCCAUUUCUGCAGCCAAGUUAAGUUCAGCCUCUGACUUUCAGCCUAGAACGGCUCGCUGAAACAUCCCUUGACGUAUAUUCGUGGCCCAGCUCAAUGAAUGAUCAAUACACAUAUUAUUUAUCCAAGUGAGAGGCGCUUUCUAGGGAUAAUAUAAGUGGAGCAAUAAUAUGAACUAGGGAAGAACCACUUAGCCGACUGAAGACGUGCCACCGAUUGACUUUGGGUAUCGGCUUCAUAUUCUUCAGCUGACAAAAUACUCUUGUCACUGCUGUUCCUACGGUGAUACACAUUCUCAGCCAUGGGAAGUCUAGGUACCGAGCCAAAUGUGCUCCAAGUUGCCAUUGUUGGCACUGGCAUUGCAGGACUUACGGCAGCCAUUGCACUCCGGAAACAUCCGGGCAUACAUGUCGAGCUGUAUGAGAAGGCAACUGAGCUUAGGGAGAUAGGUGCCAGUAUUACACUAGGCCCCAAUGGGUUAAGGACACUCGAGAGACUGGGCUUAGAAGAUUGUAUCAGUGAGAAAGUGGGAUAUCGAGGACCGAAUCCUAUUUCCAGAUUUUAUCGUCACUGGAAGACCAAUGAGAUCAUUGGCGAAGACUUCUAUGAGAAUGUCUCGGAACCUUUGCAUUAUACUGCUAGGUUUCAUCGAGGGCAUUUGCAGCAAGCUUUACUCAAACAUGUCCCAAAGGACAUCAUACACUUGAAGAAGAAGUUGGUUUCUGCCACUGUCGACUCUGGAGAUUAUGUAAAGAUGGAAUUUCAAGAUGGCACUAUUGCAACAGCAGAUAUGCUCAUUGGAGCAGAUGGAAUUGGUUCGGGCGUGAGAAAGUCGUUCGCUCCGGAUUUCGAGUUGGAAUGGAGUGGACAUACAGCUUUCCGUGGUAUUUUUGACGCCGCUCUCAUCGAGCCCAUCGAAGGAGUUCCACUUGAUUCAACUCACUGGUGGGGACCUGACACGAAUUUCUUCGCAACUCGUCUAGCACAGAAUCUGUUCACCGUGCAAGGGGGCAUCUAUGCGGAUCCACAGGAUCCAGUCGCGAUUGCCAAGUUUCGAGACGGUGGCCAAUGGGACAAACAAGCUGAUAUUCAGCUGUUGAGAGAGAAAUAUGUUGACUGGAAUCCCGUCGUGAAAGCACUUUCUGAAGUUACACCAAAUGUCCGCUAUUAUCCGAACUUCUUCUGUGGAUCUUCGUUACCGACCUGGAUUUUCGGCGGCCGUGUCACGCUGGUAAGUUCAGCGGUCCAAAAACGGGAUUUGAUCUAGUUCCCAGUAGGAGCUUUAUGAAAUUAACAAUCCCUAGUGGGAAAGCGAGCGUAAGACCUUUACUGACUAGCACGACUGAUAGAUUGGGGAUGCUGCCCAUGCACACGGAGGUGCAUUUGCCACUGGGGGCUCACUCGCCAUAGACGACGCCUACGCCCUUUCAUUGGCUCUCAUGGAUGCAAUACCAGUAUCAAAUACAGAGAAACCCUCACCUGAAAGCAUUUACAGAGCACUAAAACUCUACGAAGAUACUCGACGACCACAUGCCGUCAAGUUACUGAAGGUCGUGCAUGCGAACAAUGAAAUGAAGACGAGGAAGAUCAUAACGGCAACGCAGGAGACGGAUGAGGAGCUGAGAGCGAGGGCUAAGAGGGGAUCGAACACGACUUGGUUGCAUGAGCAUGAUGUUGUUAAGGCAUUUGAAAAUGCACGUGCUGCUUCUGCAAAAGUAUAGACGUGAAUGUAGAUUCGGAGGAAGUUAGACAUGACAGCUAUGCGAGAGAAUUUGGAUACAUAUGAAUCCAUUCCUUAGGGGUCCUCCCAAAGUCACGGCUGUCCCUGUGCAGCUGGAUUUCAAAUUUUGAAAAAAUGAGAAAGCUGUGGAAUGUUUGGCCAGUAACUGUCCCGGAAGCAACUGAAAGCGUGAACCAGAGAAAAAAUGACAUAGUGUAGAGACGCUCCAUGACUGUGAUAUUCGUCCAGGUGUUGAUUCGAGCAUUUGAAGAACAGUCAGUUAAAUGUAUCAGAC